AUGCCAUGUACCUUCGCUUCGGGCCUUUGUGCGAAAAGAGUCGAAAAUGGUGGCUGUUUUCCGACGUGCCCCAUCUCCCAGACGCCGAGUCCGACUUCAACAUCUGAUUCCCGACUCAAGGCAGUCCAUCUGCCCGGCAAGAUCGCACUCAUGUCCCGAUGCCUU